CAAACGAAACGAAACGAAGCAAUUAGGCCGUUCUGGAAUUCUCUGGUUAUAUUCUUCUCCUCCACUCUCUCGAUUUCUCAAACCCUCGUUUCAUUUCCUUCUAACAGAGGGAUAAACACAAACAAAAUGCAGAGUGAAAGAGACAGUAAAGGUGGUGUUUCUCAGUCACGCGGAUUGUUAGAUAGUUUUCGGGGCUUUGGGUCCCGGAGAAGUAUGUUCCCUAGCCUCUUUGGUGGAAGAGAUCCAUUUGAUGAUCCCUUCUUUAAUCGCCCGAUUGGUAGCAUGUUCGAGUCUAGUAUUUUCGGUCCAAGUUCCGUUUCUAGUGAUACACCGGAGACUGGUAGAGCCAAUGAAAUAUCAGUAGAAGAACUGAACUCUGAUGAUGAGGGAGGGGAUGGUAUAGUUACUGGGGAUGAGAGAGAUAACUGUGGAAAGCAAUCUGUUUCGAGUAAAGAACCAUCUGUUGAGCAUCCGGAUGAUGUUUUGGACGAAGAGAGGAAAAGCAAGGAUUUGACAUAUAGAAAUGACCGCAAUAAGGUGGAGGGCAAUCAGUCCCAAGGCCGUGGUUUAUCUUUUCAGACUUGCAGAGUUACAUAUGGUGGUGUAGAUGGAGCAUAUUACACUUCUACGAGAACCAGAAGGGCGGGCAGUGAUGGCUUGGUGCUUGAGGAGGCUAAAGAAGCAGAUAAGACAACCGGUCAAGCAACACAUAGAAUCUCGAGAGGACUUUAUGACAAGGGUCAUUCUGUUACAAGGAAGCUCAAGUCAGAUGGGAAGGUGGAUAUGUUGCAAACUUUACACAAUUUAAAUGAAGAUGAGCUUCCUGGUUUUGAAGAAGCAUGGACUGGUAAUGUUGGAGGGCACUUGCCCAGAUGGAGACAUGAAUUUGAUAUGCACGGCAAUACCAGUUCCUCCACUAGCAGAGAGCAGAAUAGAGAGGUGUUUUCGGGAGUGGGGCUUCUUCCAUCUUCUGAGCGCAUGCAAAGCAGCAGAGGAAUGAAAUCAGACAACGCAACAAAGACUACCGCCGAUGGGAGGACCAAAAGGGUUGUCAGAAUCAACAUAGAGUAAACCAUGUCAGAUGUCGAGACAGGGAGAUGGUAGUCCAGUUGUCUUGAAACACUUGGAGAGUACUUCAUUUGUCUGAGUAAAUUUACGGGUUGUCCAUUCUCUGUUGGGCAAUCAAUAGUUGUAUUUUUAGUCCGAAGUGCGAGAAUCAGAGAUUCAUGCCAUGCUCAAUCGCAUUGUUCUGUUCAUCUGAGUUCUGUAAGGUGACGAUUAGGAUGUAGCAGGUUGGUUUGUUGUUUGAGUGGCUCAGUGUUGGAAGUAUGUAUCCUAGGAGUUACCCAUCACGAUUGUACCAUUUACCGAAUUUGUUUCACUCAACGUUGGUGAUUGAAAGUUGUGCGAUCGGUACAUUCA